AUGUACAUUAGGGUGAUAUUUAUUCUACCCUGUUCACCAGAUCUUAAUAUUAUUGAGAAUAUAUGGUCAAUAGUAAAACGACUUUUCCAAAUAGAAGAUUACCCACUCUUUUACACAAUUGCAGAAAAUGAAAAAAACUCAAUUGACAAAAACAAAUUAAAAGAUGAUCAAGAACAACAAUCAAAGAGAGAGGAACCACCCACCGCCAUGGAAGAUAUAGACCUCAUAGUAUGUAAAACAUCAAAAGAGAUAUCCCCAGUAAAAGCUAUUAUAGAUCAGCUUAAUGAAGCAAAUAAGAAGUCAUUGGAGAAACCAAUAAUCAGAUUAGCAACAUUAAAACCACGAGGAAACAUCUCACCUCAACUUACAACGAAAACUUGUCGAGAUUAUCAAAUCCAAAGCUAUCAACCAUAUCAACGCUCGCUCCAAGGAAACCAGAUUCAGUAA